ACCGUGCAAGAAGUUCAGUUCUCUCGAAUAUGUACAAAGAACAAACCUUAUAUCCGUAUAAAAUAGUUCCGUAACUACGCGAACGUUUACGCAGGCAACUUCAGGGAGUAUCAACAUACUUGUGUUGUGGUGUUUCGCAGUCUUGCUUUGUUUUCGUUUCGUCUCAUGUGUUCAUUGGUGUUUAUGACGAUUCGGGCGUUGAAAUAAAACGCAAUGAAAGAUUUAUGCAUAUAUAACAAUUUGAGUUCUUAAGAAGGAGAAUCUUCAGUAUUGAAAGGCUUUACAAGACCCAAGUGAUUACAAUUAUAUAGUUAUAUAUUUGAAAGCUGACUUCUUCGAAAAUACCGGCGUCUUCGACUGCACCGCUACAAGUUUUGAGUAAAUAAAGUUGCAAAGAUUUUUGUAUCUUGAGAGAAAUAUAAAUUGGAAAAAUACAAAGAGAAUUUUGUAUUUCAACAGAAAUAUACUCGAAAAACAAGAUUCAGUCCCAUGAGUAAUAAGCAAGGAUUUAUUGCUGUACAUGUUGGUGCUGGACAGCACUCAGCAUCACUCAAAGAAAAGUAUCAAAAGUUAUGUCGUGAUGCGUGCAAAGUGGGAGCUCAAAGUUUGACCUCUAAUGGCAAUGCAUUAGAUGCAGUGGUUGAAACGGUAGUUGUAUUGGAAAAUUCUCCUAUGACAAAUGCUGGAUUUGGAUCAAAUCUCACAUUAAAUGGAACGGUAGAAUGUGACGCGAGUGUAAUGGAUGGCAGUAAUUUGCAGUAUGGUGCAGUCGGUGCGGUUAGUGGAAUAAAAAAUCCUGUUUUGUUAGCAAAGCGUUUGUGUGAGCAGCAGUCCUUUAAGUUUGCAUACGGCAGAAUCCCACCUAGCUUUUUAGUUGGAAAUGGUGCACAUAUUUGGGCACACGAAAUGGGUAUACAAAUUUUGCCACCAGAACAGUUAAUAUCAAUGAAAGCUCAAAAGAUAUACAGACUUUAUAAAAGAAAAGUAGAAAGUUGCAGUGCAGAGGCUCAAAAGUGUGCUAAGAAAAGGAUGGACACAGUAGGUGCAAUAUGUGUUGACAAUAAUGGAAAUAUCGCUGCGGCUUGCUCGAGUGGAGGUAUAAUCUUAAAAUAUCCUGGAAGAGUUGGACAGGCUGGAGUAUGGGGCUGUGGCACCUGGGCUUGCAAAGAUACUUCGUAUUCAGUAGGCACUAGUACUUCAGGUUGUGGAGAGCAUCUUGUGCGUACUUCGUUAGCGCGUACAGUCGCAGAAGCAAUUUCAAAUACGUCUUGUCCAACUACGAGUUUGCAUCGAGCGAUGAGCACAGAUUUUAUCGAUUCAAAGUUUCUCUAUGGACUUGAACAAAAACUCGGUGGUGUUAUCGCUGUACGAUACUCCCCACAAGAAGGAAUAGGCGAUUUUCUCUGGAGCCAUUCCACGAAUUCUAUGAUAAUAGGUUACAUGAAUACAUGUGAACGUGCACCAAUGAGUUACAUGUCGGCAUUACCAUCGCAUGAAGUAGGUAAGAAAGCUAUUGUCGAAGGUGUCUGCUUCAAACUAACAGGACUUGAUAAAGUUUAAAAAUGAUUAUGAUCUCAGAUGUAAAAAGCUUUUAUAAUUAUAAUAAUAAUUAUUAUUUAUAGCAUGAAAUAUUUUAUAUAUCAAUUUUUAUAUAAAGUUAUGUUAAUUUCAUGAAAUGCUGCCCAAUUGAAUAAUUUUACAAUGACCACAAUUUUCUACAGCAAACAAAAUUUUAUAUUACUGUAUACUGUAAAUUUUACAGUUAACUUGUGUAAAUACAAUGUUCUAUAAUUAUUAUUAGCAUGUGUAAAUAUAAUAAAUUCUGAUAACAGUUUGAAA